CUUGUUUGUGGUUUUAUUAGAUGAGAGGAAUAAACUGUUAAGAUAAUUUUAGGAAAUGUGCCCAACGCCUGCACAUUAGCUUGCAGCAUACAGUAUCCAUGAUUGGCUCCUCACGGGAAUUUCCCCUACGCACUGACUUUCUAUGUAAUAGUUCUUGUUACUGAUCCCCUUAGUCGCGAAUAAGAAGCCUGGUAGUAGGGCUCAGUCUGGCACACGUGAGCAGGAGUGCAGCACCUCUAGGCACGGCGAGUCGUCCGCAGCGCACCGCCCCGACCACAUCGCGCCCGAUCGACACGUCCACUGCAACCGCAACCACCCCCUUGUCACCCUGCCGCACAACCGGCUGACGUCUCGUAACACCCCGUCUGCCGUACACCUGCAGCUCUUCCCAGUUCCCGCCCCUGGUCUAUUUCCCACUCCCAACCGGCCUCGCCCGAUGUCGCCGCCCUUGUCGCACCAACACCCGCCCAGCUGCUGCGACUGGCGGCCCCGAGUGGGCCGCUACGGCGCCAGGCACGCCACCUCAUGCGGGGCCAUCAGCGGCCCUGACAAGCGGUCCACUCGGGGAUUCCGGAGCAGCAGCAGCAGCAGCAACACCGGUCGAACGACCCGGAUGCUCACACUGACCACAGCGCCCAGACAAGGAUGCAGAACCCGUUACGUAAACUGCCGUACACUGGCGAUGCUAAGGCUCAACCGUAAUGCUACUGCUGCAGCUGCUGGUGCUGGCAGUAGUAGCUACGGCGGUAGAAGCGGCAGCAGUGGUCAUGGUCGAGGCGGCAGGAUGCGGGAGCUGCUAGGUGGUCUUGGAGACACAGAUGCGGGCAGGGAUGUCCUUCAUGAAGGAGGCAGCGGGCUGGCAUUGAGCCGCAGUGGGUAUGAGGCUGGCGAGGAGGAAGAGGAAGAAGAGGAGGAAGACGGGGAGGAAGAGGGACAGGAUGGUUGCGAAGAGGACGGCGAGGGAGGAGAGGAGGAGGACCCGGCAGGACAUGCCUUGCGCCUCUCCGUCGUGCAGGUUCGCACCUUGCACCGAGUGCCCAACUUCCUGCGCCCCUGGGAGGAGGGCCACGAGACGGAGUCCUCAGCUAGCGC